AUGCCAUCUGAUCAGUGUCAGCGAGAGUUUAAGCAUUUAAACUUUGCAGAGGAAACCUCCACAGAAUUCAAGGAAGUUGUCAACAGCAAAGAAGAGGCUGAUGAUCAACUCAGACUGCUGGAUUUCACCCGGAUUCCAAGGAUCAUCCUUCACCGAAUAGACUCACUACAACACCCUGUAAAGAAGGACGCGGUUCUUAUGGACCAACAGUCCUGUGACUUGGAGAGAAACUGGAAAAAAGAGGAACCAGGCCAUCAGCAGAUAAAAGAAGAAUAUGAUGAGCUACAGUUUCUGCACCUGAAAGAAGAAAAGGAGUUUUUCAUAAAACAGGAUGAAGAGCAGAAUGAGCUGAAGCCGGAGACCAAACCACAGAACGCAUGUCUGCAACAGUCAAACCAGAUAUCAGGACAUCGACAUCUAGCAACUCCUUUCCAUGAGGACAUAUACAACAUGAAACCAGAACCAAACAGAGAGUUAUUCAAAAUUCACACGGGUGAAAGGCCGUAUUCAUGUAUGACCUGUGGAAAACGUUUCACCCAAAAAAGUAAUUUAACUGAGCACAUAACAAUUCACACAGGUGAGAAGCCAUUUUCCUGUAUGAUCUGUGGGAAAAGCUUCAGACUAAAAGUUUAUUUAACUGAUCACAUAAGAAAUCACACACGUGAGAAGCCAUUUUCAUGUGUGACCUGUGGAAAAAGCUUUAGAGAAAUAACUCGGUUUAAUAGUCACAUAAGAAUUCACACAGAUGAGAAGCAAUUUUCAUGUAUGACCUGUGGAAAAACCUUUAAACAAAAAAGUACAUUAAAUGUGCACAUCAGAACUCACACAGGUGAGAAACCGUUUUCAUGUAUGACCUGCGGAAAAAGUUUCUCACAAAAAAGUUAUUUAGCUUUUCAUAUAAAAAUUCACACAGGCGAGAAGCCAUUUUCAUGUGUGACCUGUGGAAAAAGCUUUAGACGAAAAAAUCUGUUAAGUGAUCACAUAAGAAUUCACUCAGGCGAGAAACCGUUUUCAUGUAUGACCUGUGGGAAAAGUUUCGCACAAAAAGGUUCUUUAGCUUAUCACAAUAAAAUUCACUCAGGCGAGAAGCCAUUUUCAUGUGUGACCUGUGGAAAAGGCUUCAGACAAAAAACUCAGUUAACUUAUCACAUAAGAAUUCACUCAGGCGAGAAGCCGUUUUCAUGUGUGACCUGUGGAACGGGCUUCAGAAAAAAAACUCAGUUGACUCAUCACAUUAAGAUUCACACAGGUGACUAG